AUGCGUGGCCCUCGUUCUCAAGACUAUGCUCCUCUUCCAUUGAGUGAGAAAGAGCCACUUUCCUACAAGCCGCGACGCGAUCAACAACCGAGAGGCCUAGGCAUUUGGGCUCUACGGGCGGUCGGCGCAUGCGUAGUCCUAUAUGGAGUUUCCAACCUCUUCAAUGUCUCUGCCAACAAAUCCUGCGACAACAUCAACCAUGGCUACCACUGUAGCCCCAAGACAAGUCACUUCUGGGGCCAAUACUCGCUAUGGUAUUCAGUCCCGUCCGAAAUCGAUGUGGCACCUCCCAAAGGCUGCGAAGUUACCUUCGCGAACGUUCUCUCCCGCCACGGCGGACGCGAUCCCACGCUGGGCAAAUCAAUCGCCUACCAUAUCCUGAUCGCCGAGAUCCAGAAUACAAGCACGUCAUACCCGCAGAAGUUCAAGUUCUUGAAGGACUACGAUUACACAUUGGGUGCGGAUGAGUUGACAGAUGCUGGAAGGCAGGAGAUGGUCAACUCCGGGGCUCACUUCUACCGCCGUUACCAGAAGCUCAUCGAUGAUAACGUACCAUUUGUACGCUCGGGUGGACAGCACCGCGUAGUCGAGUCAGCCCAGAGGUGGCUCAUGGGCGUCGCGCAAUCGCUCAAGGAGGAGCCCCGAAAGAUUGACGUGGUGAUACCGGAAGGGCCGAGUUGGAAUAACACUCUCUCCCACGACGUCUGUCCCGCCUUCGAGGGCGGUCCACACCAUGGUCUAGGAGAUAGGGCGCAGCAUGUUUGGGCUAACAAGUUUGUGCCGCCGAUCCAAGAGCGCGUUAACUCAGCCCUCGGAACGAAUCUGAGCGCGACGUCCAUUGUGUACCUAAUGGACAUGUGCCCAUUCGACACGCUGGCGCAUCCAUCUGCGAAGAUGUCCGACUUCUGCAGAAUCUUCACCGAGAAGGAAUGGCGCGAAUACGACUACUUCCAGACGCUGGGGAAGUACUACGGCUACAGCGUUGGCAACCCGCUCGGUCCGACGCAGGGUGUUGGAUACGUCAACGAGCUUCUGGCGCGACUGACCAAAGAGCCUGUCGUCGAUAACACCAACACGAACCGCACGCUCGACUCCGACCCUAAGACGUUCCCUCUAGACCGCAAGGUAUACGCCGACUUCAGCCACGACAACGAUAUCAGUGGAGUCCUAGCUGCGCUCGGCCUGUAUAACAAGACGAAACCGCUUUCGAACACUACUAUCGAGGAUACAAAGAAGACAUAUGGUUAUUCGGCGGCAUGGAGUGUGCCAUUUGCGGCGCGUCUCUACGUGGAGAAGCUGCAGUGCAAGCAUGAGAAGGAAGAGUCAGUUCGUGUCAUAGUCAAUGAUCGCGUACACCCAUUAGAUUUCUGCGGUGGUGACAAGCACGGCAGAUGUACAUUGAGUAAGUUUGUGGAGAGCCAGAGCUUCGCGAGGAGCGGUGGCCUUUGGGAUCAGUGUUACGAGUAG